CCUAUCCUCCCCCCCCCCCACCCCUCGAAUCGCAACACUACAAGCCCUGGAUAAGACGGGCGUGAUUGAAGGCCUGCUGCUGCUUAUGGGUCUUUCAGACAGUCCCCGCUGCAGCAUCAUCUAGAAUCGGGGCCGUAGACCCUUCCGUCGCCAUGCAUUGGAAGGGCUUACGAAUCGGCACCUUAUAUGACAGCGAAUCGAAGCGGAAUCUCGCCGAACCACCCCUACGAUCCCGCCAUAGCGAACAGCUGUCUCGUAGCACCCUCUCAGCUACCAACUUGGUCCCAAGGAACUCUGAAUCCUCCCCGCGCUCUCCGACACUUUCGGGACCUGGCGAUGACGAUCAAGAUGAUCCAGACGUGGGCAGGAAUGACAUGGCACCCGCAUCAAACACGACAGUCAGGUCAAAAAGUUCGGGAUUAUUACACCCGAACGGCGAUGUCUCGAAUUCGCGCAGGAAUCGCUUUAGUAUCAUGAGGCUUCGCCAUGCUUCUGAUCCGCAGUUAUCGAAGUCCUAUGCUAAAGCGGAAGGGGACACUGCUCCUCCGCUCCCCCAAAUGCCCCCACCUCCCACCAUAAUCACAACUGCCCCCACAAGUCACGAAUUGGACCAGCCCCUAAAGAAAAAAAGCAAACUCCGCAUCCUCCCAGAGUCGAGAAGGCCGUCAACGGAGGAACUUUCGACCCAGCGACCUGUCUCUGAUCACAAGCCUCACCAUGAUCCUCAGGGUUCAACAGGUCCUCAGACCACCGAUCCAUCCUUGUCAAUGUCGCGAAUCAGUACGGAAGAAGCGGGGCGCUUGUCCACGACGUCGAUUCGAAGCGCUGGCCGCGACCGUCCCAAUGGCUCUCAUCGCUCUUCCGUGGUGGACGUUCGGUUUUCCGAGUCUUCUCGCUCCGAUCAAAGCCUUGGAGAUAACAAACUCCUACCAUCCCAUUCCCCUAAUAAAGCUCCAGUUUCUAGCGGGAAGCGAUUUCGCAUGCCACGUCUAAAACGCAAUCGCGGUCCUUUAUUCCCCUUGCCUCCCAAACCCUCGGAGAAUCCGUCUAGGGAUGGAUCAACCCCAGAUUUCACCCGGUCGAUGUCGGCCCCAGAUGACUCCGACCCAAAGUUUGACCCUCCGGAUGGUCAAGAUCAUGUCUCCCCUCUGCCGUCUCCUUCACGGUCCUCGGUGGGAUUGGCAUCCGCGCGCCCUCCGCUUCUCCGAAAAGAUUCAUCAAAUUCCACGCAUUCGGCGCAUUCUACCCCUUCAACACGAAAUGUUCGGAAUCGAAAUCUGCUGCAAACUAGAGCGCGAUCUUCAACUCUGGACUCGGUGGUCAAUAUUCGAGACGGCGACCACCAGUCGUCCCCCCAUUUUCCUUCGUCGAGUCGAACGUCGGUAUCCACCACCGGACGCAAGAGCUUUGGUGAUAUUUUUGGCAUCUCCCAACGGCUCAGGCAGAACUCGGAGCCAGCCUACCUCCGAAAUGGGUCGCCAAAUGGUACCAAAGGCGCAUCCACUCCGCUCACCAAACUCCAGCCGUGCCCCGAGCGAGAGGAAGGGGACACUCCUGCAACCUAUCUAACGCGACUCGAAGAGACUAUGCCUAAAAGUACAAUCGCUGGCGUCCUAUCCCAGUCAGGGGACGACUUUUUCAAGACAGUGCUGCGAAAAUUUAUGCGAGGAUUUUCCUUUUUCGGUGACCCCAUUGAUAUGUCUAUCCGGAAGCUUUUGAUGGAGGUUGAAUUGCCCAAGGAGACCCAGCAAAUUGAUCGGUUUCUGCAGAGCUUUGCCGACCGAUAUCAUGAGUGCAACCCGGGGAUCUUUGCAUCUACAGACCAAACAUAUUUCAUUGCUUUUUCGAUUUUGAUCUUGCACACCGAUGUCUUCAACAAGAACAACAAACGAAAAAUGCAGAAACCUGACUAUGUGAAGAAUACCCGGGGGGAAGGCGUAUCGGAAGAUGUCCUGGAAUGUUUCUAUGAGAACAUAUCCUACACCCCAUUCAUCCGCAUCGAGGAUUCGAAUCUUGGUGCGCGUCACUUGCCCAAACCCCGCAAAGCUUUGUUUCGUGUCCCCAGUUCCGAACAUUUAUCCCGCGUCGCUAGGGAGCCGGUAGACCCCUACACCUUGAUUAUGGAUGGGAAACUUGACACUCUGCGUCCAAGUCUCAAGGAUGUCAUGAACUUAGAAGACACCUACAGCUGUGAUCCAACAACCGGCCCCCCAGACAUGGACUCCUUGCAUCAUGCGUUUGCGCAGUCGGGGAUCUUGCAGAUAGUCUCGGCACGGUCGCGCCCGGAUGCGUUCAUGCCCGCAAGCCUGGAUAAUCCGGCUGACUCAAACCCGGGGUUGGUCGAUAUUAAAGUGGCCAAAGUUGGAUUGCUCUGGCGCAAGGACCCGAAGAAGAAACGAGCCCGAUCGCCAUGGCAAGAGUGGGGUGCCCUCUUAACCUUGUCACAACUAUAUUUCUUCAAGGAUGUCAAUUGGGUCAAAUCCCUUAUGGCUCAGCGCGACUCUCAUCUCAAAGACGGCCGGCGGCGACCCGUGGUUUUCAAACCUCCCUUGGCCGACUUCAACCCCGAUGCCAUGAUGUCUACAGAUCACGCUGUGGCUCUCCUCGAUACGGCCUACAAGAAACAUCGGCAUGCUUUUGUUUUUGUUCGCUCGAACUCCUUAGAGGAGGUUUUUCUGGCCAAUACAGAAGCUGACAUGAACGACUGGAUAUCGAAACUCAACUACGCCGCUGCUUUUCGAACCACAGGAGUCGGAACCAAAGGGAUGAUUGUUACCAAUUACGAUUCCCAACGGAAUCGAAUGAGUCGUCGACCCUCUCUGGAUUCUCUUAGUUCCCAAGUUUCUACAGAAAAAGACAUGUCAAUGAGCCCAGAUGCUGGCGCGACAGAAGAGCUGGUUCAAGCCCGAAAAAGCCUCAUCAAACAAAAAAUCAAAGAAGCGAAUGAAGCGCUAUUCGUAUCCCAGAAGCAGCUCGAUGAUCUCCUGAGAAACGCUCGACACCUGCAGGUCUUGACGCCGGUGCACCCCCGUGCACGAGAACAGCUGAUCAUGGCUGCUGGGCGCAUGGCGGCGAAACUCAAGUGGGUGAGGCAAGAAAUCUGGCGCACUAAGAGCCACCGCGAGGUCCUAGUUCGAGACUUAGGCGAAGAGGAUGACCAUCAAGCGCCGCCCGCCGGCGUGCCACGACAGCUUCGUUUGCAAAUACCUACCAUGAAUGCUCCUUUGGCUGAGUCGGAGGCCGUUGUGGAGAGCCCUGGUGAGCAGCUGGUGUCUCCGAUGACGGAAGCAUCUCCAUGUACUGGCCCUGAGAAGCCACCAUCGCUCAGUACUCACCUAUGUUCCCCAUCUUCUGCCUUGACGGAGGUACGACGAUCUAGCCUCGCAGCUUCGUUGACCUCCCCGGAUCUCGCCACUCGCGCUGGUCGGCUGUUUUCCGUAGAGACUACCCAGGAGCGCGCACAGUCCGCGUCGCCUCACCCAGCCCAUCGUCUUGAACGCGAAGCCUCAGUUCUUAGCGCGAGUAGCAAGAUGGACGUGUCGAGCCUCGCCUCUCGCACUUCUAAGCGCACGCUUCCUGGGAGCUUUGAUGAUGGAGAAGAACGCCUUCUUCGUGAAGCCGGGCUGCUAGAGGUGACCAGUUCACCACCCUCUACGCGGAAAGGAUCCCUCGCAGUGGAGGGAGCUGAGCCCGACCAGAAACUGGAUGAAGCCGCCGAUGGAUCUCAAAGCGAACAGAUGCGCCGUGUACGUCGCAGCUUCCACCGCACAUUACGGGAUUCAUCAAGUGGUCACUACGGCAACUACCUUCGAAGCAAAAAGUCACGAGACGCAGCCGCCACCAUCCCAACCGCUGAGGAUAACCAAAGCAACGGCGAAGCAGCCGGUUUAUCAAGAAAGGGAGGUAGCUUCACUGUGCAUGGUAAAAAGGCAUCUAUUGUGACCUUUGGGUCUGAAUGGCAGAACAUGCCGCCCGAGGAGCGUUUAAAACUCCGAAAACCGACCCCCUUGGAAGAAUCUCGCGCAGCAGACCCGGGAAUUGUCAGCACGGAAGACUCGAUCCUCUCUGACCCAUGUACGUCAAUGGAGAUCCCUGAAAGAGCCCCCAGCGAAGAAAAGCCAGACAAUGAUCUAGAGCGUCGCUCGAUCCGCUCUGAGAGUGCAGUCUCCGCAAUCUCCCAAGUUGUGUCUACUCCAAAGCCCCCGAUGUCUCACGAGGAUCAAACCUCCUCAGUGCCAGUCAAUGACACCACCCUCGACGAGGCCCGGACAUCGGCCCUACCACCUAGUCCACCUGAACAGGCAGUGAAUGCAUAAAAAAAAAAUCAUUUGAUUUGGAUUAUAGUUAUCAAGCAUGAUCUGUUGUUCUUGUUAUGAAUUUAUACCCUUUCUUUCUUUCUGCUUUCUUUCCUUCUUUCUUUCUUGUGGUUUACUUCUUCCGAGCGUGUAUGGUUUUCUUUGCAGCUCACUUUGACACUUGGAGCCAAAGCGAUAGAGUCGGCGCCUUCUAGGUAUAGCGCCUCUUUUUUUCCCCCUUUCCUUUUUCUCUUAGAGCCCUGUACAGGCUCGAUGAUUACACACGUUUUGAGUGGGGUGGGAUUAUUGUCAUUCUUUUGGGCUUCGGGACAUGGGUGGGUGGAACUUGUCUGGAGGCUGGAUUAUUACAGGAAAGGCGAUAUAGGUAUGCAGCAUAUACUGUGGAAUGAAUUACAAAAGUCAGGACUUGAUAAC